AUGGCAAACAGAACCUUCCAAGGCGAACACGUAGAGUCCAAGUCUAAGGCUGGUAAGGGCACCAUGCCCAUGCUGGCCCAAGACGCCGACUCUGACCCGACAACCAUCGAAAAAGCCGAGAUAGAGUCGGUGCGAGAGAUGUGUUGUUGGCGAAGACGGGGAAUUAUCCUCGUUCUCAACACGGUGACGAUAAUUUCAGCUUUUGAUGGAACGUCUAUCUGUGUCAUCCUCCCUUCCAUGGCUCAUCAGCUCAAUGCCUCAUUCUCGAUGAGCCUGAGCAUGGGCUCAGCCGUCUUGCUCACUUCUUCGAUCUCCCAGCCCAUCUUUGCCGAACUCGCCCAUGUCAUUGGUCGACGACCAGCCUACCUCGCUUCCUUGGUCUUCUUCAUGACUGGAUCCAUGAUCUCGAGUUUUUCCAAUAGUAGUGUGAUGCUUCUUGCUGGUCGCGCCAUCCAAGGUGUUGGUUCUGGAGGACCGCAGGCACUGUCGGGUCUGGUGAUGGCAGACUUAUACUCUGUUCGCAAGCGUUCUGGAUCCAUGGCGUAUCAGCAGGCUUCCUGGGCUUUGGGUACGGUUGCCGGUCCUCUUGUUGGAGGUGCUAUCGUUCAGGGCAAAGGCACUGCUUGGCGUUGGAUCUUUCGGGGAAGUUUGCCUUUUCUUGUGCUGAGUUUCAUCGGAGCUUGGGGUCUUAUGGGAUAUGACAAACACCGGCGCAACUGUCGUGACAUCAAGAACAUUGAUUGGAUUGGUAUCUUGCUCUACAUUAUCUCUUCUGUUUCGUUGGUACUUCCGUUGACUUGGGGUGGCUCUCGUUUCCCUUGGAAGUCAGCAGCGGUCAUUGUACCCUUUGUUAUCUCUUUCUUUGCCUUCAUUGCUCUAAGGCUGUAUGAGAAAAAGGUCGAGAGACCGAUGUUUCGGAGAGGCCUUUUCCGGAAGUGGUCUACCAUCUGCCAUCUUGGCAUGGCGGCGCUGCAUGGUCUUCUCAUGUGGAUGGUGCUGUAUUACCUGGCUGUCUACUUCAUGGGCGUCAAGUCCCAAACUCCUCUCAUGACAGGAGUAUGGGCCUUGCCGGCAACUAUCUCUGUUGCUCCCAUGGCAGCAUUGGUAGGGAUAGUAGCGCAGAAGACAGGAAAGUAUCAGGGGUUCUUGGUCGGCGGCUGGAGUCUUUUGGUCACCAUAUUUGGAGUUCUGACGAUCCUGGACAAAGACUCUUCAACCUCGACCAUCUUGGUGCUGGCCAUGUUUAUGGGUAUCGCCAUGGGCCUCAUCUUCCCGGUCAUGACGAUUGGCGUACAAGCCACAUGCGACGAGGAAGAUGCGGGUCAUGGCAUCAGCAUGAUCUUAGUGCUGCGCACCAUGGGUCAGUGUCUGGGCAUCGCGAUUGGAAUGUCCAUCUUCUCGACUCAGCUCGCCAAGGAGCUGGAGAAGGUGGGUCUGGGCAGCAUAGAUGUCAACAAUGCCAUGCAGCUGAUGAGAGCCGCGAUGGAAAGUGGAGGCUUUGGUCGCACUUUCAUGAACAUGGCUGUGGCAAAGGCGCUCAAGAAGAUUUGGAUGUCAGGGAGUAUCAUGGCCGGUGUAGGUCUAAUCCUUUGUCUCUUUGCAGGGUGUCCUAAGCUACCCAGGGACUCGGAACCCAAGGAGAAGGGCAAGACCAGGGAUGGAGAGCAGGGAGAGGAGAAUUCGGGUCGAGAGAGCGACUUCCGGGAUGCAGUUGCAGGCCGGUUUUGGGCAUGGUUGAAGCCACGGUUGAGAUCAGAGCCUGAAUCUUGA